AAUCGACACAUCACUGAUUGCGGUUUCCGUAAUACAAUUGCUCGAAUAGUCAUCUUUUGAGUCUAUUGAAUUUAUCACAAUAUUUAGGUUGCCAGAAUAUUAAUUGAAGUACGAACGUUAUCAGUGUAUUUUAAAGGCUUUCAACUGAAUCGAGGAAAAAUGAAAUUUUUAACAGCAAAAGAAAUACGGGAUGCCUUUCUGGGUUUCUUUAAAGAGAAAGGUCAUCUUUAUGUGCAUUCGUCCAGUACCAUACCUUUGGAUGAUCCUACUUUGCUCUUCGCUAACGCUGGAAUGAAUCAAUUUAAGCCAAUAUUUUUGGGUACAGCUGAUCCAAAUAGCGAAAUGGUCAAGUGGAUUCGUGUAGCAAAUACGCAGAAAUGUAUACGUGCGGGUGGUAAACAUAAUGAUCUUGAUGAUGUAGGUAAAGAUGUUUACCAUCACACAUUUUUCGAGAUGUUGGGAAAUUGGUCAUUUGGAGACUACUUUAAGAAGGAAAUUUGCACAUGGGCCUGGGAAUUUUUAACGGAACGUAUGAAAUUGCCGAAAGACCGAUUAUAUGUGACGUACUUUGGAGGCGAUAAGGCAUCUGGUCUUGAACCCGAUUUAGAGUGUAAGCAGUUUUGGCUAGAUCUUGGGCUCCUCCCAGAGCACAUUUUACCAGGUAGCAUGAAGGAUAACUUUUGGGAAAUGGGAGAAACGGGUCCAUGUGGUCCAUGCUCCGAACUUCAUUUUGAUCGCAUCGGCGGGCGUAGUGUACCGCAUCUAGUAAAUAUGGAUGACCCAGAUGUCUUAGAAAUUUGGAAUUUAGUGUUUAUACAAUAUAAUCGAGAACCCGAUGGUACUCUUAAAUCAUUACCAAAGAAGCAUAUAGAUUGUGGAAUGGGCUUUGAGCGAUUGGUGUCAGUGAUUCAGAACAAAAGGUCAAACUACGAUACUGAUCUUUUCAUGCCGCUUUUCAAAGCAAUACAAGAAGGUACGGGUGCACCAGAGUAUGAAGGACGAGUAGGCGCUGAUGACGUGGAUGGCAUUGAUAUGGCAUACCGGGUAUUGGCGGAUCACGCACGAACAAUAACAAUUGCUCUCGCUGAUGGAGGUACACCUGAUAACACGGGGCGAGGAUAUGUACUUAGACGAAUUCUACGACGAGCUGUAAGAUAUGCCACGGAAAAACUAAACGCGAAACCAGGCUUCUUUGGGUCACUAGUGUACACUGUUGUGGAUUUGCUAGGUGAUGCUUUUCCUGAAGUGAAAAAGAAUCCUCAGCAAAUAAUUGAAAUUAUUAACGAGGAGGAAGCGCAGUUCUUAAAAACAUUAUCCCGCGGGCGAGAUCUUUUCAAUCGCACAGUCGCAAAGUUGGACAACCAAAAUAUAAUUCCUGGAGAUUUGGCUUGGAAAUUGUAUGACACGUAUGGCUUUCCAGUUGACUUGACCCAACUAAUGGCUGAAGAGAAGAAUUUACAAAUAAAUAUGGAAGAAUACGAAAAAGCGAAACAGGCAGCUUAUAUAAUGUCACAAGGAAAGAGCACCUUGAAAGCGGAAGAAAUUUGCUUAGAUGUGCAUGCCAUUUCCGAAUUACAAUCAAAACAAAUACCAAUCACAAAUGAUUCAUUUAAAUACAAAUAUCAAGCUGAAUCUGAAAAAUUUGAUUCUGCUUAUAAUUUUGGUUCAUGCAAAGCAACUAUACUUGCACUCCGUUUUGGAAACGAAUUUGUAACUAAGAUUGAACCUGGUAGUAAAGCAGGCAUUAUUUUAGACCAGACAAACUUUUACGCAGAAAGUGGUGGUCAAAUUUAUGACAAGGGUUUCUUAAAUAGUGCUGGUGAUAAGUUUUUUGUUGAAGCAGUUUAUAAUCGAGGAGGGUAUAUUUUGCACAUUGGAGUUGCAGAUGGAGAAUUCGCUGUAGGUGAUGAGCUUGAGCUUCAAAUCGACAUUGAGCGCCGUUGGUUAACUAUGAAGAAUCAUUCCGCUACUCACGCAUUAAAUCAUAGCCUGCUUCAAGUACUUGGCAAAGAGACUGACCAAAAGGGAUCAUUGGUGGUGCCAGAUAAAUUACGUUUUGAUUUCAGUAGCAAGUCUGCUAUGACAAUUGAACAGGUAGUUAAGACCGAACAAUUAACGCGAGAUAUUGUUUAUAAGAAUAUACCUAUAUUUGCGAAAGAAACAAAAUUGGCCAAUGCCAAAAAAAUUCUUGGACUUCGCUCAGUUUUCGAUGAGGUUUAUCCAGACCCUGUGCGUGUAAUUUCGUUUGGAGUACCAGUGGAAGAGUUAGAAAAUAAUCCCGAAAGCGGAGCAGGAGAAAAAACGUCAGUAGAAUUUUGUGGCGGUACUCAUUUACAGCGAUCGGGCCAUAUGAUGGAAUUUGUAAUUACUAGUGAGGAAGCCAUCGCGAAAGGCAUACGGCGUAUCGUAGCUCUUACUGGUCCUGAAGCAGUGAAAGCCUUAAAGAAAAAUGAUGAACUUCAAAAGCAAAUACAAACAUUAAAAUCUACAAUAGAAGAGGAUAAGGAUGGUAAAAAUUCAAAGAGCUAUGUGAAGCAAAUUGUGGAAUUAACAGAGGAGGUGUCGCAAGCCGUAAUACCGUAUGUGAAAAAAGAUGAAAUGCGUAAUUUGCUUAAACAAUUGAAAAAGACACUCGACGAUAAGGAACGAACAUUGAAAGCAGCUGUUGCUGUUACCGUGAUCGAAAAAACGAAAGAGAUUUGCCAAGCAAACCCAAGUGCCAUAUUGUUAGUAAAACAGUUUGAGGCUUUCAACAAUACUAAGGCCCUUGAUGGGGCUUUAAAGCAGGUACGUACUUUGUGCCCCGACGCCGCUGCAUUGUUACUUUCCGUCGACGCCGAUUCUAACAAGAUAUUCUGCUUGGCCUCUGUUCCAAAGUCCGCUGUAGACAAGGGCCUUAAGGCAAAUGAAUGGGUACAAAAGUUAUCUGAUGCCAUUGGUGGAAAAGGAGGUGGAAAGCCAGAAUCUGCACAGGCGUCUGGUUCAAACUACGAAAAUGUGGAUGAAAUCAUGAGAUUGGCUACAGAGUUCGCAAAGAUUAAACUUGGUGUUUAAUAUCUGACACACGUUUUACUAAAACUUGAGACUUAUUUAUUUUAUUAAUUUAAAAAUAUUUUGUUUGCGGCCAUUUUGGCAUUAAAUAAAAAUCAAUUUAAAAUUA